UGAAAAAUAACCUUUAUUUAACGUUUGUGAUUGAAUUCAGCUAACGUACUGAGCUGCACUUCAAAAAAAAAAAAAUUACGAUGAGUUAUGCCAAAACAACAUCUAAAUUGGAAUCAUUAAUUGAAGACGUACCUCAAGUCAACUACACUAUUUGCGAAGCUACUAUUAAUCACUGUGAUCAAAUAUUCAAUCUUGUCCAAGAAUAUUAUACAGAAUACGGGAUUCCAAAAAAUAGACAACUAAAUAUAUCAACAUUUAGACGAGAUGGUUUUGAAACUAGUUCCCCAUGUUUCCGAUGCUUUAUAGCUCUAACCAAAACUCGAGGUGGGAUUGACGAAAUUAUUGGUUUUGUUCUAUGGUAUAGAAGUUUUGGAAGUACAACUGGCCCCAGAGUAUACCUUGAGGCGUUAUUUGUCACUAAGUUAUAUAGACAAAAACAAGUGGAGCAGGCUUUAUUUGAAGAGACAUUACAGGAAGGAGAAAAACUUAAUUAUUCAAAUGUUAACUGGAUAGACAAGCGUUCUUACUUAUCUGAAGAAUUUUAUACCAACAUCGGAGGAGAAAAUUUAACAAAAACUCAAACAUUUUUAUUGUACAAGCUUGACGAAAAAGCAAUAUCUGCCAUCGCAUUACCAUUAACAAAAUAAAUAAUUUCAGUUUCAAUAUUUUUAUAACUUCUUAAAAAUUAUUAUUAUCUGUAUUUUUUAUUUUAUCGAGAAAAGUUAUGUAUCACGGUAAAUAAUAGCAACACAAUCUUUUAGUAUUAAGUUACGUUUUUAAUUAGUAAAUCAUUGACGAGAAAUUCAAUGCUAAAAAUUUUUAGGACACAUUAUACUAAGUUAAGUAAGUUAUAAAUGUUGAGAUGUAUUAAAUUGUUUAAACAUUUAAUAAUUUUAGCCUUUUGCAAUUAACUAAUUAGUAUAUGAAUAUGUGAGAAAGCAUUUAGCUUCCAAUAUAAGGCCCACCCCGCUCCUAGUUUUUAAUAAAUAAAUUUUAGUUUAAUAAAGA